GCCUUCUACAUCACCAUGGGGCAACGACCCAGUGGAUUCUUUAUCCAACCCCUUUGGUGAGGUCUAGGUGUGCCACUCUGUGACAGGGGGCCAGUGGACAGCUAGAGGUGAAAACUGAACUCUGAAUCACCAGGUCCUGUGGACUGAGGAAGCCUACAUUCUGCAAUGGAAAGCAAUCCCUUGGAAGAACAUAGGCCUGGCCUACUGCCCUGGUUUAUUGCCACUACUCAGAUCCUUGGCCUGGCUGCUGUGGUCAUGACUGGUGUUUGGAUGGGUCACUACGAAGGGGGGUUUGCAUGGAAUGGAGGCUCGCUGCAGUUCAAUGUGCACCCUCUCUGUAUGGUGGUCGGAAUGAUCUUCCUCUACGGAGAUUCAAUCCUGGUGUACAGAGUGUUCAAACAUGAGAACAAAACUACAGUGAAGAUUCUACAUGCAGUCCUCCACCUGAUUGGAUUGUUAGCUACCAUUGUUGGUUUGGUUGCGGUGUUUCAAUUCCAUUCGGCCCAGAAUAUACCCAACAUGUACAGCCUACACAGCUGGUGUGGACUCAUAACCAUCAUUCUCUUCUGUGUACAGUGGGUAAUAGGACUUGUAUUCUUCCUGUUUCCCGGCGUGGCCUAUUCUCUCCGAGCCUCAUACCGGCCUCUACAUGUCUACUUUGGGCUUGCACUGUUUAUUCUGGCUAUCGGGACUUGCUUGCUCGGGAUCACAGAGAAGCUGCUCUUCUCCAUCAGUGACACCUACUCAAACUUUGCAGCAGCGGGAGUCCUGGCGAACGUGUUGGGCCUGGUGUUGGUUGGCUUUGGGUUAACAGUUGGUUAUGUCGUGACACGCAGUGAAUGGAAACGGGUAACAAGUCCAGAGGAGGAAGCUCUCUCCAUGCAUUUCAAAACUUUGACGGAGAGGGACAGCCCUGACUCACCACAAGGAUGAUAAAUGGUUAGAUCAAGUGCAUACUAAUAGCAACCUGGUAAUGCUACAUGAGUGAGUGACUGUAAAUAGCACGUGGCUUGUUGAUAUCUCACUCUGUCUCUUUUUCAUUAAUAAAACCCAUGAUGAUUUUCUUCUCUGAUAAUGCUAAAUUGUCUCAACACCUCAGUGAACUGUAUUUGGGGGGAGGGUGAAUCAGCAGUUGUCACAUUGCAGAAAAGUAAGAAUUAAAAACUGGCUGAAUUAAAGGAUAACAGUUAAAAUUUUACCUCAGUGAGAUGCAAAUACCAGACUGUUAAGUUGACCUUGUGUGGAAUGAGCUUGCAUAGCCUCAGCCCAGUUCCCAUUGGACCAUUGAACCAUGGUAACCCUAGAGAGGCUGAAAGGCAAGUGUAGGAACCUUGAUCAAUAUCCUCCUGAGGCAUCAAGGGCGUCUGUUGAGAUUGACGCUAUGGCAUGGGAUAAGAUUGGUGUAAUGUGAGAUUUACUCAGCCAGUCCUGGCCUACUUCUUGUUAGCACAAGGUUCUCUAGCACCAUCACCCCUUUACUUCACCAGUACCAAAUCAAAUCUUACGUCAAAGUUUAGGCUAGACUAUGAAGAGUUUUGAAAUAAAUCAGUAGGAUUUAUUAUUAGUCCUUUUUCAUUCUUCACCAGCUGUCAUAUAUAGGAUCCCUGUGUAGAGAGAGAUUGUUAUAUAUAACAUAAGCAUAAACACUUCAGAGUGUUGUCACCUCCACACUCGAGGGAGUAGAAAUCUGUAGAAGUUGCCCUUAAUUGAGUGUAAAAUGGAUACAAUUCACAUCAAUUUAGCAGCAAGAUGUCCUGUACUCAAGUUAAGGAGACAUUCCUAUCUAUCUUUUCUUUAUUUCACAUCCCCAAUAACUUUAUAAAGCUAUUCAUAGGAAGUUAAGAAAAAGCCUUUCUCACAAAAUAAUUCCUUUGAUUUAUUCCUGGGUUAUUCCCAGAAUUAUCCUGGGGAUUAAACUUUCAUUCCUGGAGAUCAGGACAACAACCUAGUACCCAGUUUUUUGAGAAAUCUUGGAAAAUGUAUUUCUUUCCCAUCAUUUCUGUUCACCACCUUGCACCAGCCAUCCUCCAGGGUGAGGGAAGGAGAUCCAGCCUUGGCUCUAACCAUAAGGUAGAGUGGAGCGAUCCAGUAUACACCUCUGAUUGUCCUGGUCCACAGUCUCACACUAGGGGGACAGUAUAAGCUAGUGACCAGGGGGAGAAUGGAGUAUAGGCAUGGGCCAGGAAACCUCACUGCUUGAGUAUGAUACCUGCAGCUCAAAUCAGGCUCUGCUGUUUGUGCUUAAGUUGGGAGGGGGGUGCUUUGUUAAUUUUUGCCUGAACACAGGUCUCAGAAUUGUUAGAUAGGCUUACAGUAGAGAGAGUCUUACAGUAGAGGGAGUCUUACUGUGUAUCUAACCCCAUGAUGUGCCUGUCCUGAGACUGUUUGUUAGGGACAGUGUCAAGGGAGCUUUACUUUUAGUGAACUUUCAGUUUAAAAGAGUAAAGAAAGCUUCACUCUAUAUCUAACCCUCUGCUGUCUCUGUCCUGGAAGUAUUUGAUGGGGACAGUGUAGAGAGAGCUUUACUCUGUAACUAACCUUCUGCUGUCCCUGUCCUGGGAGUAUUUGAAUGGGACAGUGUAGAGAGAGCUUUACUCUGUAUCUAAUCCUGUGCUGUCCCUGUCGUGGGUGUGUUUGAUGGGAACAGUGUAGAGGGAGCUUUACUCUGUAUCUAACCCUGUGCUGUCCCUGUCGUGGGUGUGUUUGAUGGGAACAGUGUAGAGGGAACUUUACUCUGUAUCUAACCCAUUGCUGUCCCUGUCCUGGGAGUGUUUGAUGAAUGAGCGUGCUGAAAACAUUACUUACUGCUCGUGAAAGCACAAUAUUUGGUUCCUGUCAUAAACAACAAGUAGGAUUAGGACAGUGGCUAAUUGAAGUUUUGAUAUGGUAGAGGUGAGAGGGUAAUAUUGUCCAGGCAGGAUAUCUACCAGCAAAUGCGAUAGGGUAAUCACUGGGUCAGUUAGCAUCUGUGGGGAGAACAGAUAAAUUAAUGUUUAAAGAAUAGAUCCACCAUAGGAUCUGGUUGCAAAGUGUUCAUUCCUGGAUCCUGAAAUCAUCUGGCCUCCCCAGGGGGAUGUUUCCUGACCUGCUGGGAAUUUCUUGCAUUUCCUGAGCUUUGAUUUUGAUUCACACUGACUGUUUUUAAUCACUUCUAGAAAACCCUGGGAUAUUUUCACGUGACUCCAGAACCAGGGCUUUGUGAGCGGAUAUUACAGUGACAAUGGCAAGCUUACUUCAACAGCAUAGCAUUGCCUCUCUGACCAGUGUUAUGUACUAGUGAGCCCACUCACAGAAUCCUACAUUUAGGCCUCAGCGAGUAUUGCAAACUGAACGAUACCUCAUGAAGUUUGUUCAUUAUGUUAUUGAAUGUCAGCUAUUCCAAUUAGGUCAAAGCCAAGGUGAUAUUGACAGAUUACGCUGAAACAGAAGGAGAUGAAGAGAGAAAUCAGCAUACAACCAUCUGUUUGUUUAAUUGUGAAUGAUUUCAGUUGGAAUGUGUGUCUGUUGGUUAAAUAUUUGUUUGUAUGCUUUGUUCUGUGUUAUAUUGUAAGAUUAUUAAAUAAAUGUUGCAUCCAAAAUUGA